CUCCCCCUCUCGGCCUCCGGCGGCACUGCCGGCUGAGCCGAAGCAAGCCGAGCGGCUUCGUUGCUGCAGUGGAGGCGGCGGGCGAGGCCUCCUCCCGGGCAGGGCAGGCAGGCAAGGCAAGAGGGAGCGCGGAAGGAGGAGGAGGACCCCCUCCCGGGAAGGAAGCAGCAGCUGCAACACCGACGCCGGGUUCAAGGUGGCAAGAACCAGGACAGAUUCUUCAGCAAAGGGGGCUCCCGAUUGCCAGCUCUUCCAUUUCCGUCUGAAUUUUUUUUUUGGCAAACUUUGGAACCUUUUGUAAGCGAAGCCCCUGCAACAGCCAUCCCUGCCCAGCCCUUUCCUCCACCUGCUGCUCUGCCCAUGAUGCCGUCCAACGGGCCCGUUGACACCAGCAGCCCCGGUGCCGACCGGGAGUCAUCUGAUGCCCACAAGCAGGGCGAAGAGGAUCCUGACGAGAAUCGGAACAAGGACGAGAAGCCAGACCCAGGGAUCCCCGUGAGAAAAGCAGGGCGUCCUGGGAGGAAGCGCAAGCAGCCGGUGGUGGAGAGUGGUGAAGCCCCCAAAGACACAGCCUCAGCACCAAAGUGCCCCCUGCCCACCCACAAUACCAGCCCCGUGGAACAAGUGCCCAACGGCGAUGCAGGGAUGGGCAGCCCCGAGAACAGCAGCACCACUGACCUGAAGGGCCGGCAGCCGAGCGAGAAUGAGCCCAGCAGCCUCCCAGACGAGGAUAUGGGGGGACAGGCCCUGGAAAAUGGGCGCUGCACCCCCAAGGACAGCCCUGACCCACCUGCCAGCGAAGGCAAAGGAGAGAAGGAAGAGAGCCAUUACAACUCUUUGAAAAUGGAGGGAUCCCGAGGCCGCCUGCGUGGAGGGCUGGGCUGUGAGUCAAAUCUUCGCCCUCGGCCGAUGCCACGCCUGACCUUCCAGGCUGGGGACCCCUACUACAUCAGCAAGAGGAAGCGCGAUGAGUGGCUGGCGCGGUGGAAGAGGGAGACUGAUAACCCAGCGGCAGCUCAGCUCGACAAGGCUGAGAAGAAAGCCAAGGUCAUUGCUGGGAUGAACGCAGUGGAGGAGAUGCCGCGGAGCAAGCCCCAGAAGGAGGAGGAGGCCAGCCCACCCGCCUCGCAGCAGCCCACGGACCCCGCCUCCCCCACCGUGGCCACCACACCGGAACCUGUGGGGCCUGAGGCCGUGGACAAGGGCAUGUCGAAGUCGGCCGACGAUGAGCCAGAAUACGAGGACGGCCGGGGGUUUGGGAUUGGGGAGCUGGUCUGGGGCAAGCUGCGUGGGUUCUCUUGGUGGCCAGGCCGCAUCGUUUCCUGGUGGAUGACCGGCAGGAGCCGAGCCGCCGAGGGCACGCGCUGGGUCAUGUGGUUCGGCGACGGGAAGUUCUCUGUGGUCUGCGUGGAGAAGCUGCUUCCGCUCAGCUCCUUUGCCAGCGCCUUCCACCAGGCGACGUACGGCAAGCAGCCCAUGUAUCGCAAGGCCAUCUACGAGGUGCUGCAGGUGGCCAGCAGCAGAUCAGGCAAGGUCUUCCCUUCCUGCCCAGAGAACGAUGAAACAGACACCUCCAAAGCGGUGGAGAUCCAGAACAAGCAGAUGAUUGAGUGGGCCUUAGGGGGCUUCCAACCGUCAGGCCCCAAGGGCCUAGAGCCACCUGAAGAGGAACGCAACCCCUACAAAGAAGUUUACACAGAGAUAUGGGUGGAGCCAGAAACGGCGGCCUACGCCCCUCCUCCCCCAGCCAAAAAACCAAGGAAAAGCACAGUUGAAAAGCCCAAGGUGAAGGAGAUCAUCGACGAGUGCACCAGGGAGCGUCUUGUUUACGAGGUCCGACAGAAAUGCAGGAACAUCGAAGAUAUCUGCAUUUCCUGUGGAAGCCUCAACGUCACCCUGGAACACCCUCUCUUUAUUGGGGGAAUGUGCCAAAACUGCAAGAACUGCUUUUUGGAAUGCGCUUACCAGUAUGAUGACGAUGGCUACCAAUCCUACUGCACCAUUUGCUGUGGUGGCCGUGAAGUCCUCAUGUGUGGGAACAACAACUGUUGCAGGUGCUUCUGCGUGGAGUGUGUGGACUUGCUGGUGGGCCCCGGUGCUGCUCAGGCAGCCAUCAAGGAAGACCCCUGGAACUGCUACAUGUGUGGCCACAAGGGUAUCUACGGCCUGCUCCGGCGGCGAGAAGACUGGCCUUCGCGCCUCCAGAUGUUUUUUGCCAACAACCACGACCAAGAGUUUGACCCACCAAAAGUUUACCCACCGGUCCCUGCUGAGAAGAGGAAGCCCAUCCGGGUGCUCUCACUUUUUGACGGCAUCGCCACAGGUCUGCUGGUGCUGAAGGAUUUGGGCAUCCAGGUGGAACGCUACAUUGCCUCCGAGGUGUGUGAAGAUUCUAUCACAGUUGGGAUGGUCCGACACCAGGGCAAGAUCAUGUAUGUUGGGGACGUCCGCAAUGUCACACAGAAACACAUACAGGAAUGGGGGCCCUUUGACCUGGUGAUUGGAGGGAGCCCCUGCAACGACCUCUCCAUUGUCAAUCCUGCCAGGAAAGGCCUUUAUGAGGGGACAGGACGCCUCUUCUUUGAGUUCUACCGGCUCCUGCACGAGGCCCGGCCCAAGGAGGGAGACGAACGUCCCUUCUUCUGGCUCUUUGAGAAUGUGGUGGCCAUGGGCGUCAGCGACAAGAGGGACAUCUCUCGCUUCCUAGAGUCCAACCCAGUGAUGAUCGAUGCCAAAGAGGUCUCCGCAGCACACCGAGCACGCUACUUCUGGGGGAACCUGCCCGGCAUGAACAGGCCAUUGGCCUCAACUGUGAAUGAUAAGUUGGAACUGCAGGAGUGCCUGGAACAUGGCAGGAUAGCCAAGUUCAGCAAAGUCCGGACCAUCACCACUCGCUCCAAUUCCAUCAAGCAAGGCAAAGACCAGCACUUCCCCGUCUUCAUGAACGAGAAGGAGGACAUCCUAUGGUGCACCGAGAUGGAGAGGGUCUUUGGCUUUCCGGUCCACUACACAGAUGUGUCCAACAUGAGCCGCCUGGCCAGGCAGAGACUGCUGGGCCGCUCUUGGAGUGUGCCAGUGAUCCGCCACCUCUUCGCCCCCCUGAAGGAGUACUUUGCCUGCGUUUAAAGAGAGACCCCCACGGAACUGGCAAAGCGGAGGAGGAGGAGGAGUCUCAAACACAAC